AUGAAUGGCGACGAGAUGACACGGGUCAUCUGGGCUGAGAUCAAGCAACGCUUCAUCUAUCCCUUCCUGGAUAUUGACCUGAAGUACUUCGAUCUAGGCCUGCCAAAUCGGAAUGACACCGAUGACCAAAUCGUCUACGACGCCGCCGCGGCCAUCAAGCAAUACGGCGUCGGCGUCAAAUGCGCCACCAUCAGUCCUGAUGCUGGCCGAGUCAAGGAGUUCAACCUCAAGCAACGCUGGCCGUCGGCCAACGGCAUCAUCCGUAAUUACUUCGGUGGCACCGUGUUUCGCGAGCCCAUCAUCAUCUCUUCGGUUAAGCCCUAUGUUUCCGGGUGGACACGGCCAAUCGUCGUGGGACGCCACGCGUACGGCGACCAGUACAAGGGGCAAGACUUCAUAGUUCCUGGGCCAGGCACUCUGGAACUUGUCUACACGCCUACGGUGGGUGAACCUACACACAUCAACGUCUUCAAGUACGAAGGCAGUGGUAUCGCCCAAGCUCAGCCCAACACGGAUGUCUCGAUUCGUGACUUUGCCCACGUCAGCUUUAAAUAUGCGCUGAGCAGAGGUCUGCCGCUGUAUCUAGCCACCAAGGAUACAGUCAUGAAGAAAUACGACGGUCGUUUUCGCGACAUAUUCCAGGAGAUCUACGAGGCCGAGUAUGAGGAUCAAUUCAAGAAAGCCGGAAUCUCCUACAUUCACAGACUUAUUGACGACAUGGUCGCCUAUAUGAUCAAGAGUCAAGGCGGCUUCAUCAUCUCGCUGAAGAAUUACGACGGCGACGUACAGUCUGACAUCGUGGCCCAGGGAUUCGGAUCACUUGGCUUGAUGACGAGCGUUUUGACAACGCCUGACGACAACGCAUUCGAGGCCGAAGCGGCUCACGGCACCGUGACUAGGCAUUUCCGUGAGUAUCAGAAGGGCAAUCCGACAUCGACAAACCCAAUCGCGAGCAUCUUUGCUUGGACGCGUGGUCUCAAACGACGAGGGACUAUUGAUGUCACGCCCGAGGUUGUAGCAUUUGCUGAGAGCUUGGAAAGAGCUUGUAUUGAGACUGUUGAAAUCGACGGUGUUUUGACUAAGGAUCUCGCUGUAGUUGCGGGUAGAGGAGAUGAGUUUGUCAACACUGAGGAGUUCUUGGACGCCAUAGAGCGGAGACUCAAGCUCAUCUUAGCCUAG